GUCCGUCCGUCCGCUGGCGAGCGCACACCGGUGCGGGCCGAGGGCGGGCGCACAUCGCACCGAAGCGUUUAGCGAACCGCGUCUCUGUCAUGUACCCCCCAAAAAACCGGAUUAGCCCCUUGAAGCUGCGCGAGUGACUUUGGGCGUGAAGAUGCUGACAGACAUGAUCGUGGAGGAGGAAUUUGAGAUCAAGGAGGAGGAACCGUGGUACGACAAGCAAGACCUUGAACAUGACCUGCAGCUGGCAGCCGAGCUCGGGAAGACUCUUCUGGAGAGGAACAGGGAGCUGGAGCAGGGGCUGCAGCAGAUGUACUCCACCAACCGGGAGCAGCUGCAGGAGAUCGAGUACCUGACGAAGCAGGUGGACCUCCUCAGGCAGGUCAACGAUCAGCAUGCCAAAGUGUACGAGCAGCUGGACGUGUCGGCCAGAGAGCUGGAGCAGAGCAACCACAAACUGGUUCUGGACAACAGGAUGGCCCAGCAGAAGAUCCAGGGCCUGACGGAAACCGUCGAGCUGCUGCAGACGCAGGUGGAGGAGCUGCAGCAUCGGGUAGAGGAGCUGAAGCUGAGUCCUCAGCCUCAGAAGCCUCCACACAGAGAGAGGUGGUCAACACGCAGCAGCCAGAGUGUGUCCUGCCUGAAAGAGCUGCAGAACACGCUCAGGUACGACUAUGAUCCUGAUGAACCCUCAGACGACCUUGAGUCCUUCGACGUGUUGUGGCGUGAGGAGGAGCAGGCGUCACUGCGACAGUCCCUCCGCACCCUCCAGACUCAGUUUGCCGGUGAGCGCGCCCGGAGGGAGGAGGCGGAGCGACAGGCCGAGCUGCUCGUGGGCGAGAACGCAGCGUUGGAGCAACAGCUGUCAGCAUUGGAGGGUUGUCAGGCCAGAGUGCUUGAGCUGGAGCAUGAGGCUGAAGAGCUUCGUCAGCUCUGGAAAUCAGAGUCCUCCACAAGAUCCUCCAGGCCGGACGUCAUCCACAACCUGCUGCCGAACUCGAUGUUGCUCAACCCAGAGGAAGAGUACGAAGGGGAUGCAGCUGCGGCUAAAAGCCCCUGGGCGCUGAAACGCUGGAGCAGUGAGCGGCUGAUGAAGGCGACGCUGAUGCAGGACUCUCCCGACAGGAUCUACGACCACGAGUGCUCCUGCGUGCGCCGAGCCGAGGUGGUGAAGUAUCGCGGGAUCUCGCUGCUCAACGAGGUCGACGCCCAGUACAGCGCCUUGCAGGUGAAGUACGACGAGCUGCUGCGGCGCUGCCACCUGGGGCUGCAGGAGGAAGAACAGGAUGGGCAGAGCCAUAAAUCGGUCCAGACGCCGUCCCCCGCAGGUGCUUCUCCUGCGCUGACAGACACGGAGGACUUUGAGGAUGACUUUCACCAGCCAGAGUACAAGGAGCUUUUUAGGGAAAUUUUCUCCCGUAUUCAGAAAACCAAAGAGGCACUGAUUGGAAACAGGGGGACCCCCUCAUCUGGUGAACUGCUGCCUAUUUUGCAUUAGUUGCUUCCAGAAAAAGAAAGAAAAAGAACUGCUGCAAGAUCAAUUAUCGUCUUCCAGUUACAGAGCAACUCUUUGGAAAGACCUGUACGGCAGCAAAUGAUGCUAACUAAGUCUACACUUUACUGUACGUUAUUUGCCCAGAAAUGCCCAGCAAAGGGGUUAAGACAGAAGAGUGAUGCAGAAACCAGAAGACCAAACACCACCAGCUCACGUCUCAGAUGUGGCUCAUUUUGCACAGAAACACCAGUGCCUAACGCCGCCGUCUCUACUGUACAGUCACUCUACCUCACUUUGCAACAGCCCUGUUUUUAAACGGGCUCCUGAGGAAAUAAUUUCUGGGGAAUAGUCUGGUUUCUUUUCAUAAGCUGUAUUGGUAACACUUUCUUUUACGGGUCCUGUGGUUUCCUUUUCAUUUCUUCUAGAAAGAAAUUGACACAUAAAUGUAAAAAUCACAGAGAGGUUCCCUGGAAAAGACGUAGACCUAAAGAUGUAAUGUGGCAGUAAUUACAGAGAAAGUGGAGACCGUGUUCACUUGGUACAACUCAGUUAAACUAUGUCAAAUAAUUGCUCAUAUGACCUAGAAAGUCUUUUAGUCAGUGCACAGCGGGUCAGCUGAACAUGUAAAAAUGUGACAUAUGUCUAAAUUUAAUUGUAUACAAUUAUGUUACAAUUCCGUGCAUAUAAAAAUCAAGUUUCGAAUUAAAUUACUCUCUUGCACGUAAAUUCCUCUGGAAAUCAACAACUGCUUUAGGUUGUGUGCCGAUUAUUUU